AUGGGCGCUCGCAUCAGGUGGCUUUGGCACCACCGCAACUACAUCAUCACGGCGGGGGUGCCGCUCGCCCUCCUGCCCCUGCCGCUGGUCAGCGCCACAUCGGUGAGCCAGGAGGCGCGUUGCGGCUACACCAUCCUCCUGAUGGCGCUCUACUGGUGCACCGAGUGUUUGCCCCUGGCAGUGACGGCCUUGCUGCCCGUGGUCCUCUUCCCCAUGAUGGGCAUCAUGCAGGCCGGGCAGGUGAGCAUCGAGUACCUGAAGGACACCAACAUGCUCUUCAUCGGUGGACUGCUGGUGGCCAUCGCGGUGGAGCAGUGCAACCUCCACAAGCGCAUUGCUCUGCGCGUCCUGCUGAUGGCGGGCGUGCGGCCGGCCCUGCUGAUGAUGGGCUUCAUGAUGGUGUCGGCCUUCCUCUCCAUGUGGAUCAGCAACACGGCCACCACCGCCAUGAUGCUGCCCGUCGCCCACGCCGUGCUGCUGCAGCUGAAGGCCACCAAGCUCGGGUCCGAGCACCGAGACCUGCGGGCGGAAGACAACCACGCCAUGGAGCUGGAGACCCCGGCGCCACAACAGGAAGUCGCGGAUGAUAGGGGGACGGACACCUCGCCGGAGAACGGCGUGCUGGACCGCAGUCCAGAACCGGAGCAGGAGUCCAGCAGGACGUUGGCAGAGGAGCAGUUCGAGCAGUUGUCCAAAGGAAUCAGUCUCUGUGUUUGUUACUCGGCCAGCAUCGGAGGCACGGCCACGCUGACCGGAACCCCGCCCAACCUCAUCCUCAAGGGUCAAAUCGACAAGCUUUUUCCCGACAACGACGACGUCAUCAACUUCGCCAGCUGGUUCGGCUUCGCCUUCCCCAACAUGAUCCUGAUGCUGGUUAUGUCCUGGUUCUGGCUGCAGUUCAUGUUCCUGGGCUUCAAUUUGCGGCGCACGUUCGGCUGCGGCGCGGCAGGCGGGCGGGACCGGGAGGCGUACGCCGUCAUGAAGGAGGAGUACAGGAAGUUGGGCGGGAUGAAGUUCGCCGAAGGGGCGGUGCUUACCGUCUUCGUGCUGCUGGUUCUGCUGUGGUUCAGCAGGGAGCCGGGCUUCAUCGACGGCUGGGCCACCGUGCUCUUCAACAAGCAGGGCCCCUUCGUGUCAGACGGGACCGUCGCCAUCUUCAUUUCCUUGUUCUUCUUCGUCAUCCCCUCCCGGUUACCGCGCUGCGGAGGCUACGGCUGCGACGACACAGGCAAGGCGGUGAACGCCCCCGCCACGCUGCUCAACUGGCAGGUGGUUCACGAGCGGAUGCCCUGGAACAUCGUGCUGCUGCUGGGGGGAGGCUACGCGCUGGCCACAGGAAGUGAGGUGUCGGGUCUCUCCACGUGGCUCGGUGAGAGUCUGGCGCCGCUGGAGAACAUCCCGCCCUUCGCCAUUUCUCUGCUGCUCACCCUGCUGGUGGCGACGUUCACGGAAUGUUCCAGCAACGUGGCCGCCACCACGCUCUUCCUGCCCAUCCUGGCCUCCAUGUCCAUCACCAUCAAGAUCCACCCGCUGUACGUGAUGCUGCCCUGCACCAUCGCCGCCUCGCUGGCCUUCAUGCUGCCUGUGGCCACGCCCCCCAACGCCAUCGCCUUCUCCUUUGGGAACCUCAAAGUCAUGGACAUGGUCAAGGCUGGCUUAAUGUUGAACAUCAUCGGAAUCCUGACUAUAAACGUUGGCAUCAACACGUGGGCGUACGCCAUGUUUGACAUGGGCACCUUCCCCUCGUGGGCCAACGUCACCCUGGAUUAG